AUGUGUGGUAGAUAUGCGCUCUCUUUUGAUAGCGAUGAGUUACCAGCUGCCUUUGGUCAAUGGGGUAUCGACAUCAAUUUAAGAGGAAACGAUAUUAAUGCUAAUGAUGCUAAUAAUAAUAUAGUUUCAGAAAAUGAUAUUUCCACCAGUACCGAUUCUGAUAUGAUACAUUAUGAUAAAUCGUAUAAUGUAGCACCUACUAAUAGAGCACCAGUACUAAAUUCAAAAAAUGAUGAUGUGAGAUACAUGAGAUGGGGAUUAAUUCCUCAUUGGUCUAAGAAGAUAGGAACAUUUAAAGGAUAUACCACCUUUAAUGCUCGAAUGGAAAAUUUAUUGUCUAGUAAAAUAUGGCAUAGUUGUGUGAGUAAUAAACGUUGUGUUGUCCCGAUCAGCGGCUAUUAUGAAUGGCUAGUAAAACCACACGAAAAGAAUAAAACACCUUAUUAUUUGAGGAGAAGAGAUAACAAGAUUUUAUUUUUGGCUGGUUUGUUUGAUUAUAAUGAAACUGAACAAAUGUUCUCAUACACUAUAAUCACAGGUCCUGCUCCUGAAGGUCUUAAAUGGUUACACGAUAGAAUGCCCUGUGUCAUUGAACAUGAUUCUGAUGAAUGGAAACAAUGGAUGGACCCUGAUAAAAAUGAGUGGAGCCAAAAGGACUUAACUACUGUUUUAACUCCUCAAUAUGAAGAAUAUCUUUAUAGAGUGUAUCAAGUAACAAGAGAUGUUGGGAAAGUAUCUAAUAAAGGAUAUUAUUUGACAAAACCAAUUCUGAAAGAAGAUAGUGAUCGUAUCAAGAAGGAAGAGAGUGAUACAGAUAUAAAGAAGGAAGAAAAUGAACAGAAUUCCAGGCUAAAACCAACUUCAGUUAAAGAAGAGACUCCCGUUAGAAAGACCGAGCCUAAAUCUUCCCUAAAACGGGAGCCAGCCGAUAGCGAUAUCGAACCGAAAACGCCAAAGAGAGGAAAUAUUAUGGAUAUGAUUAGGCAACGGUCAAAUAAAAAGAAUAGUCACAAUGAUAAAUUAAAUGUCAAGAAAGAAACUUAA